CUAGAUGCUUUGGUCAUUGGAAACCAAUGGGCUAGCCCACUAUACAGCCAAAUGGGCCUUCACUAUAAACCAGUACCCACUAGUGUUUUAAAGAAAGGAAGUUUUAAGGGCCCAAGCCCACGACGAUAUCAAGCAUCUGAUGCCAUUGCAAUCUUUUAAGCUGCUUUCUUGUUUCUUUUUUUUUGGAACAGAAUUCUGUAGAACAUCAGAAUCAAUGCGAUUCCCUCUACCACUUACCAGAUUUUUUUUCAUGAAUAUUAUUAUAAUCACAACUCACAGGCCUCCACCGUUAAAAGCCGCAGGGAACCAACAGAGGUUUUGUACACAAACCUUAUUAUGCUAUUAUGGGCAUAAGAGAAGUAGAAGUUGCAGGCCAAAAGUUAACUAUUCACGAACUCGACGAUGUAUAUGACUCGCUGACGGGUUGCACACUCACUGGGUCGUGGCUAUGGAACUCGGCCUUCGUUCUUUCCGAGUGGAUGGCCACGCAGCUCGAUUUCAAAUAUAAGUCCGUCAUUGAGCUUGGAGCUGGAGCCGGCCUGCCGGGUUUGAUCGCAGCCCGGCUCGGCGCCAGCCGCGUUGUUCUCACAGAUAUCGGGUCGCUGCUUCCAGGGCUCAAGGAAAACGUCGAAGCAAACGGAUUAAAGGACCGGGUGGAGGUGAGGGAACUCGAGUGGGGUUCGACAGAAUUACUGAGUCAAGGCGGCGAGUUGGAGAAGUUCGACGUGGUACUGAUGAGCGACGUUUUCUAUGACCCCGAAGAAAUGGCGAGACUGGCAUUGACGCUGGGGAUGGUUUGUGGAGAAGAGACAAGGAUUUUGGCUGCCUGUGAGGUUCGGCCGUGGACUUGUGAAUGCCUCGGCGAGUUGGCCAGUCGUGGUUUUUGGGUCGUCGAGUUUCCAAAUCUUCUCCGUGAGAGUUGUAGUCCGCUGUCAGAUGGCGAUGGGAAUGUAGAGACUUUUGCCGUGUAUUAUAUAGCAAAACCAUGCAAACAAUGCACCUCUUGAUAAUGAAAAUAGUGCCCCUUUUGAACAGCCCACUAUGCCCAUGCCUAAACUCCGGCUGGAUUAAGCACGCACAAACACACAUGACUUAUUAGUUAGACCGAGACCUAAUGCUAAUCACUUGAAGAUAAUGGCAUGAACUUAUAAUCAAACUCCCGACAUCCCAAUU